UGAGCAUGAGGCUGAGAUAUCUCGCACACAACUAACUACUGUAAUUUUUUGCUUUUCGUCACAUUUUGAAAGUAGCACGACAAGUAAAACUAAAUGCAUGUUGCUCUAAACUUCACACAAGGACGUUGUAGUCAUGUCGUGUUCACUUUUCAAUCCUCUGGCUGUGCGCAGCUGGGUGAGAUCUAUACGCUGUGGUCCCCUUGUUGCUAGAGCCUCACAGAUUCCUGGAAAUAAUAUCGAUCAGCAGAGAGUGAUGCCAUGUCGGUACCAAUCCACCCUGUUACCUUUUCACCAUGCCUUUCCAGUGAAUGAUCUGGAUGCUGCACGACAUUUCUAUGGCACAGUCCUUGGUUGUGAGGAAGGUAGAUCAUCAAACAAGUGGAUUGACUUUAGUUUGUUUGGCCAUCAGAUUGUAGCUCAUCAUUCAAAGGUUCAUCCAUACGUGGAUCACCUAAAUCCUGUUGACGGAGAUGAGGUUCCUGUGCCGCACUUCGGCGUUGUCCUAGAAUGGAAGCAGUUUGAGAAAUUUUCUGAGCGCCUGGUUUCUUAUGAUGUGAAGUUCAUCAUUGAGCCUCAUAUCCGGUUUCCAGGAUUGACUGGAGAGCAGUAUACAAUGUUCUUCAAGGAUCCUGCUGGCAACAAUCUGGAGUUUAAGGCGUUGCGGCAUCCUGAGCAGCUUUUUCAAAAGUUCACAACAAAGGAGCAAGAGCUACCAAAAGAAUGAACUCAUCCCACUUCUACAUCUUAGUAAGGUUUGGUGUAGAAUCGUUUCAGUGACGCUGUUAUACUAGCCUUGUAAAUAUCUUUGAGCUCUAGAUAUUGCUCUAAAUGUCCCAUGCCAGUUAUAGUACCAUCGGCAGAUGUCCAGUUCUACAGCAGUUUUCCCAUGCCGACUUGCAGCACACCAUUACCGAUUUACCCCCCCCCCCUUUAGGUAUUUCCAGACCGUUGAUAGUGCCGACAUUAUUUGGUCCACGAGUAGAAACGUGUGGACGACAAGUCUUUCUUUAGGCGCUUAGAUUUUACUGAUAAAUGUACUUCAAAGGAGUAUGAAGUAUAUCCUCACUCAUGCUCUUAACGUUAUUAUGCAGCUUCAGCUGCGUUUACCCUAUUUUGAUCACUAAACUACUACUCAAUUUUUACAAUUAUAUCAUCGUAUUGUUUUAUGUUUAUUUGUUCUUCAUACUCCUGUUUUCUUUAAUCAUACAAGGUUGUUUUGGCUAUGGAGCUCAGCGUUUCUAUCUGCCUACAAAGAAAAGAGAGUUUGACUAUGCUAAAUUUUGACAAUGACACCACAUUGUCCCGAGCCAAUUUGUUCUUUUAAACUUCCUGUUGUUACUUCUAUGCAUGUGCAUGUGCAGGCACAUGUUUCCAUCAUACCCCACUUGUAUGCGAUGUUAUUGAAAGAUGAGCACUUUGAGCAGCA